CACACGGCAGGACCAGACUGAUCGCCAUGGUGGUAGAGGACUAGAGGUAGAGCAGUAGCCCGGCAGCUCACGUGCGUUCGGGUGGAGCUUAGCUACGACUUGCAAUCGCCACCGUGUCGCCGUCGUCGUCGGGCGGAUGGCGAGGAAGACGGUGGUGCUGUUCCCGGGCGUCGGCGUCGGCCACCUCGCGCCGAUGCUCGAGCUCGCCAAGGCCUUCCUCCGCCACGGCGGGGGCGCGGUCGACGUCGCCUUCGCGGUCGUCGAGCCGCCCGUCAUGGGGAACGGCUUCGCCGCCACGGUCGCGCGCGCCGAGGCCGCCAACGCCUCCGUCGCCUUCCACGUCCUCCCCACGCCCCCGCCGGCAUCCGGUAGCGAAGGCGACGGCGAGCCGGAGCAGGACCACCUGGCCCGGAUGGUCGGCUUCCUCCGCGCCACCAACGCGCCGCUCCGCGACCUGCUCCGCUCGCUGCCGUCCGUCGGGGCGCUCGUGCUCGACAUGUUCUGCGGCGACGCGCUCGACGUCGCGGAGGAGCUCGGCGUGCCCGCCUACUUCUUCUUCCCCUCGGGCGCGGCCGGCCUCGCUGUCUUCCUCGCCCUCCCCGGCAGGCGGGCCAGCAUGAGCACGAGCUUCGCGGGGCUCGGCGCCUCCACCGUCCUGUCGUUCCCGGGCGCUCCCCCGUUCAAGGUCUCCGAGAUGCCCGAGGGGAUCUCCGACGACGGCGAGGCGUUCCAGGCCAUCCUCCGCAUUGCGGCGCGGAUGCCGGACGCCCGCGGGAUCCUCAUCAACUCCUUCGAGUCGCUGGAGCCGCGCGCGGUGCGCGCGCUCAGAGACGGGCUGUGCGUGCCGGACCGCCCCACGCCGCCGAUCUACCUCGUCGGGCCGCUGGUCUCGCCCGGCGGCGGCGACAAGGAGCACGAGUGCCUCCGGUGGCUGGACGCGCAGCCGGACCGCAGCGUCGUGUUCCUCUGCUUCGGGAGCAUGGGCGCGUUCCCCAAGAGCCAGCUCGCCGAGAUCGCCGUCGGCCUGGAGAAAUCCGGGCAGCGGUUUCUCUGGGUCGUGCGGAGCGCUCCCGGCGCCGGCGAACCAUCCGCCGCCGACGACCUCGACGCGCUCCUGCCAGCCGGGUUCCUGGAGCGCACAAGGGACAGGGGGCUCGCCGUCCGGUCCUGGGCGCCGCAGGCGGACGUGCUGCGCCACCGCGCGGCCGGCGCGUUCGUGACGCACUGCGGGUGGAACUCGACGCUGGAGGGCGUCGCGGCGGGGCUGCCGCUGCUGUGCUGGCCGCUGUACGCGGAGCAGAAGAUGAACAGGGUGCGGAUCGUGGAGGACAUGAGGCUCGGGGUGGGGAUAACGGCGGCGGACGACGGCGCGGUGAGCGCCGAGGAGGUGGAGACGAAGGUGAGGUGGGUGAUGGGGGACUCCGACGGCGCGCGGGCGCUCCGGCAGCGCGCGGCGGCGGCGAGGGACAAGGCGGCCGAGGCGAUCGCGGAAGGGGGCCCGUCCGACGUGGCCUUCGUCGAGUUCCUCAAAGACUUAUUGGAGGCUUCUCAAGACAUGCAUGGUUAAUGUUUGAAUUUAUUUUUCACUUGAUUGUAGUAUAUAAUGUUUCAAAUUUUCAAAAGAAACUUGAUUGUAGUAUACAUGGAUGUGUAGUAUUUUGAUAUUUUUCAACUGGAA